AUGAAGAGAUCUUUAAAGUAUAUUAAAUUGAAAAUAAAAAAAGAAGGAAAAAAAGGACAUUUUGUCUCCUUUUAUGACCGAAUAAAAGAAAUUAAUGAAAAAGAAAAAUUACAGACAUAUAAUUUAUUAGAAGAUAGUAACUAUUAUAAUUCUUCGAAAUCAUAUAAACCAAAUAACGAAAAUGAUGUAGAUGAAGAUUUAAAAAACACAAAUUUCCAUGCUGCCUUACAAGAAUAUUACAAAAAUUGUUGUAACCCUGAAUUCAGGAGAUGUUGUAGAGAAUUAUUUCCACUCUCGAAAAAUUUAAUACUUAUAUUAUUAAACAAAGACACGAUUUUCAGUAUAAUUUUAAAAUAUAUUGAAAAUAGCAAAAUUAGGAAUGAUGAAUCUUAUUUUUAUAAAUUGUUAGUUAUAUUAAUAAAAGAUUUAAAAAAUGAAAGCAAAAAAUAUUUAGAAGAUAUAUUAAAGACAUUAUUUAGGAAAAUUAAUUUUAAUAAUUUAGAUUUAUUAGAAGAAAUAUUUAGUAGUUAUGCAAAUAUAUUUCGUAUUAUGAAUAAAAAUAUUAUUAAAAAUGUUGAUAAGUAUAUAAAAAUAUCAUUACCACUAUUUCAACAUCGUAAUAGUAUAAUAAAAAUUUUUAUUGCAGAUAGUUUUUCUUAUUUGUUAAGAAAAUUAUCAUUGCACGAUCUUAUAUUAUGUUUUUCGAAAUUAUAUUCCUUUUUUAAUAAUGUAAUGAAAAAUAAAUUAAAACACUAUUCAGAAACCAUUAGUUUAUUAAUGUUAGAAUCUUUAAAAGUUGAUAAUGAUAAGUUAUCAAAAAAAACCUUACCUUUUUUAAAAUAUAUUAUUCAUUCUAUAUAUUUAAGGAAACAAUAUGAUUGUAUUGAAACAGGAAAUGUUUAUAAUCCUUUAGAUAAUAUAAAUGGAGUUAUUCAACAUAUACACAAAGCUAUUCAGUUAUUUUUUAUUGAUAUAUAUAACUUCACAAAGAAAGGAUCAUUCGAAUUUUGGGACAUUUUCCUCACUUAUAUUUUACAAAAUUACUCUACUCUCUAUGAAAGCUAUUUUAAUCGUAUUUUAACAUCAAAUAACAAAGAUGCUAUCAUAGAUAUAUUGACAGAUGCGGAUAAAUAUUCAUAUUUUAUGAAAUGUUUGGAAAAAAAUGAAAAGGAUAAUGAAGGUAUCUCACCUAAGUGUGAAGAAAAUUUUUCUGAAUAUGAAAAUUCAAACCUCAAAAUGGAAAAAAAAAAUAAUUGUACUAUAGAAAAAGAAAAUCACAAAUCGUAUGAAGAUAAAAUUAGAUACGAUAAUUUUGAUGUAAAUUCAAAUAUUAAAAAAGAUAUAAUUUUUAUAAAAGAUAUUUUUUACGACGCAACAAAUUUCUUUUUAAAAAAUAUAUUAAACAUAUGGAUACAAAAAAAUCACGAGAAAAAAAAUAUAAUCAUUGAAACGAUUAGACUUGAACUAAAAAAAUAUGCAGAUAAAUUAAACAAUAUAGAAUUAAAUUAUUUAACGUUUAUAUAUACAUGGAAUUUAUAUGAUAACAUAUUUUUUAUAUUAAAUUAUGAUUCUAUAGAUAAUGAAAAGAUAAGUAAUAUUUAUAUCUCUUUUGUUCACAUUUUUAUGGGGAUAUUAAAAUGGAAUAAUGAAGACGCUAACAAAAAUAAUUACACUAAUUAUUUAUUACAAUUUUUUAUUAUCAAAGUAGUUAAUAUUUUAAAAAAAAAUGUGCUAAAUCAUAAUGAAGUUUAUUUGAAUAACUUUUUUAAAUAUAUAUUUAUAAGGAUUAUGCAAAUUUUAAAGCUUAACAAUAUAUAUGGUUACUCAAAAAAUCAAUCUCUCAUAACAAGUAAUACACCUUUUAUGUUAAGUUUUAAAAACAAUGUAGAAAAAGAAACCCAAUUUAUCCUGAAUAAUAUUGUUUCUUCUGAAAAUAAUAAUCUAAUAUUAGCAAAACUUUUUUUAUUAUGUGAUAUUAUAAAAAUGUUCAAAAAUAAAACCACAGAAAUUAAUGUAGAUUGCAUUGAAAAUUUAGAUUUUCUUUGUGACAGUGGUAUUAAAGACAUCAAAAAUAAUAAUACUGAAAAAAAGAGGAAACAUAAUAUGCUUGAAAAUGAUUAUUAUAGCCAAAAUGACAAUGAUUUUAAAUGUGCACUAAAUGGGGAAGGUAUAUAUAAUAGUAACAAAUCUAAAAUAUUUUGUUUAAACCCCAAAAUAGACAAUCAUGAAAUAAAUUUGGAUUUUAAGAAUACAUCUCCAAAAGAAAUAUAUAUGCAAAUUGAAGACUUUGUUGUAUAUAUUUUUGAUGAAAUAAAGAAGCUUUUAAUAAUUUUGAAAUAUAUUAAUCAGUAUGGUAAUGACGAAAAUAAUAGCUCACAAUUUAUAUUUUCUGAAGAUAAUGAAAAUCCAACAAAAGAAAAUGUUGGUACAUAUUUAAAAUCAACUAUAUAUUUUAUGUUUGCUUUUAUAAAUUUCUUGUCACAAAUAAGUGCCACAUAUAGUAACGCUUUAUUAAUAUUAAAUGAUAAAACCAAUAAAAAUGAUAAGGAUAUUUGUCUAACUGAGGAAAAUGAUUGUAUACGCAUUUUAUUCGAAAUUUGCAAUGUUUUAGAAGAGAUAAAAUGUGGGAAAUUUAUGCAAAAUAAUAUAUUAGAAAAAAAUACGUCUGAUAUUAGAUCAAAUGUGAAUAGUAUAAUAAUCGAUAUACACCUUAUAAUAACAGCAUUACAAAUAAGUUCACAGGAAAAUAAUAUUAAUAUAAAACUUUCAAAUAAUAACAUACCUUUUUUGGUAAAUUAUAUAAAUAAUUGGGGUAUGGAAGAUAUAUACUAUUGUGAUAAAUAUUUGCACAAAUUUCAAAAUAUAUUUAUAAAUUUAUAUAAACUAAAUUAUUUUGAAAACAGAUUAGACGAUAUAUUUUUAUAUUUAAAAUUUUUUGAAAAAGUGCUCAUAUAUUACGAAACAAUAAAUAAACAAAAAUUAUUACGAGUGAUAAAAAUGUUAGUAGCUAUAUAUAUUAAUCUGAAGAAAAAUAAAGACAUUAAUGGAAUGGUUGAAAAUGAAUACAUAUUAAAAAAAACAAACGAACAUUAUUAUGGAAAAAUAUUACUUUUAUUUGAUAAUUUUAUAUAUUUAGAAAAUAAAGAAUAUUUAUCUACACAUAUUCAAAUUUACGAAUCUAAAAUUGUCGACAUUGUAAGCUUUUUAAAUUUUUUAAAAAAUGUAGAUAUCUUUAAAAAUUAUAUUUUUAAAAUGUGUACAAAAAUAUGUAUUAUAGAAUUAACUAUGUUAUUAAAUGCUAAAUUGUCAAUUAUUCCAAAAUAUAUAAUUUCAAAUUUGAAGAAAUUUUUUGAAACAUAUAAUGCAGAUCAUAAAAUUCAGGAUGCUAUGCAAAAUAAUUACCAAUCAAAAUAUUAUUUUUAUAUAAUAAAAAACAUAUACAAAACUACUAGAAAAAAAUUGAAUAUCUUUGAAGAAUUAAUAGAAAAAAACUAUAUAAGCUAUGAAGAAUUUAUUAAUAGUUCUAGACAACCCAAUGAUUAUACUAUCAAUUAUAAUGAUGAGCACGAUAUGAAAGAAGAGAAAGAAAACAUUAAUGAAGAAUUUUAUAUAGAUGAAAAUAAUUACAUGCCAAUAAUAAACACAAACGAAUAUGAACACCACUUAGAACAAUAUGUUUGUGAAAACAAAAAUAAUGACACAUUUAAAUUUUUAUAUUUUGAAAAUUUUAAUAUACAAAAUUUUGUUCGAAAUAUCUUAUGUUCAUUUGAUUUAUUAAUAGUUCCAGUUCAAAAUAAUAAUAAUUUAAAUAAAUCGGAUAGAAUUGAAUUGUUAAAUAUGUAUAUAUGGAUAAUUACAUAUGUAAAUAUUAAAUGCAAUUAUUAUAUACAUGAAUAUAAGUGUUAUAAACUUAUAGACAUAAUAUUUGACAUAGUUAGUAAUAUGAAUAAUAUAUUCCCUGAUUCUGUAGAAAAUAUUUUUAAUAUUACAAAAAAAAAUAUUUAUAACGAGCUGACCAAUAUUCACACUAAAUCUAUCCCCGAUUUAAUUGGAUUGAUUAAAUAUUUUAUAAAAAUAUUUGUAAGUAAUUUCACAUAUAAUGCUAAUAUUUUAAAUGUUGAAAACAUGUCUAAAUUUGUUAAAAUAUUAUGCUCUUACAACAAAGAGUUGAAUAAUUAUAAAAAUGAUAUUGAGGAAAUAUUAUUAGACAAAAAUAUAAAUUUUACAAAGCUAAUAUUAAAUAUUAAAGAAGAAGACAAUAGUAACAUUAUUCGAAUAUUAAUAAAAAUUAUUUUUUGGUUAUUAAAAAACAAAAAAGGAAAAGGUGGAUUUAAAAGACAGAAAAAUAUUAUCUUUUAUCUCUCAAGUAUUCCAGAUGAACAAAAUUGGUGUCACAUAUUUUUACCUAUUAUAUACUCUUUUACAAAUGUUUACAAAAAUUGUAUUAAAUAUGAUAAUUUAGUUAGACAUGAAGAAAAGGAAAAUACCUUACUCGAAUUUUUAACUACUUACCAAGGAAAAUUCUUUCAAUGUUGGAAUUAUGAUUUUGAUAUUAAAAUGAGGAAUAAUAAUAUUCAAAAUGGUGAUAAUGAAAAUGCUGACUUUUCUUAUGACAGUAUAUUUAAUUAUUCCUAUUGGAAUUUUAAUAAUCAUAUAAUUGAAAUAAAAAAAGAAUUAUUUAAAAAUGCAGGUUUUCGUCGAAACUUUCAGUUAUUUAUAGAUAUGCUCAAAAUUAUAAAAUAUAAAUUAAGUCCUUAUUUUGAAUUUUUCCUUCACAUAUUUAUUACUAUAUCGCAUUAUAUUAAUGCUUAUUUAUAUAUAAAAAAAAAAAUUAAAACAGCCAAAAAUAUACGCUUAUGUAUUAAACAAAUUGAUAAUUCCAAAUAUAUGAAUUCCUUAUUGUCUGUUGACCAAACUGUAUUUGAAAGUGGUUCUAAAAUAGUCGCGCCUAUAUCAUCUGAGAAUAUAAACAAUAAUGGAAGUGACAGUGUUUCAGGGAAUAAUAAUGAAUAUGAGUUAAGCAUGGGAAGUGUUAUUGAUAAAAUAGAUAAAAUGGAAACGGAAUGUCCAGAUUUCAAAGAAGCCUUUGUUGAUUUGACCAUUCCAAAUUCAUUUUUAAAAAAUAUUAAUAAAAAAUGCAUAGAAAGUAGCCAAUUUAUUAUGGAAAAUGCUGACAUAUCGGAAUGCAAUUUAGUUAAAGCUAAGAAUUUGUUUGUUUUUUUAUUUAAAAAAAAUUUAAAAAGUUUAAAGGCAAAAAAUAUUUUCCUUAAUAUUCUAUUUAAUACAUGGUGUAAAAAUGAAGCAUAUUAUAAUUUCUAUAAUACUGUUGUACCUAAUUCAAUAUAUCUAUUAAUUAAAGCUGUAAACUCUAAAGAAAUUGUUAAAAAAUUAACCUUUACAGAAUGGGAACAAAUAACAGAAAAGGUAUUUAAUAUUAUUUUACGUUUAUGUGGUUAUGAUACUGAUGAACAAGAAUAUGAAGAAAAGGUAAAAAGUGAAAAGAAACACACAAAAAAAUAUCAAGAUAAGCAUAAAAUUGUAUUAAACCCAUUAGUGGCUAGUAAAUCAAAUCAUAAUCGUUUGUUUACUUCAUUUGGAUUUAAAAUAUUAAAACCUUACAUUCCAGAUAUUAUAUUAUGCAUUAAAAAAUCAAUCUUAAAAAGAUAUCAAAAUUUUUUACAAAAAAAAAAUAAUGAAACAUCAUUUAUUAAAAAAAGAAAAAUGAAAGAAUUUAAAAUUAUUAGUAAUAAAGAAUUAUAUAUAUUAAUUGAGUUGUCAUCUAUUAAUAAAAAUCAAAUAUACAAUAUCCAUGUUAUUAAUACAAUUUCAACUUUUAUGCUAGCGAAUCCAAAAACUCUACAUAGUACUAAAGAUCAUGACAUUAAUAAAAUUAAAUUAACAUUAAUUGCCCUCAAAAUAUUAAUUAUUAAUCUUUCAAAAAACAUGAAUAAUUUAACCAAGAGAAAAAAAAAUAAUUAUAAUUUUUCCUAUCAAAGGUAUAGUAGUAAAAAUGUAAUUGAAGAGUAUAUAAAUAAGUUAAGAGAAAAAGACAACCAAAAUAAUGAUAAAAAAAAUAGCUAUCGGAAUAAUACCAAUGCGCACAUUUCGGAAUCCAGUUUUUAUUACAAUUCAUAUAAAAUAUACAUAUGUUACAAAUUAAAAACGGUAUUGUAUGAAAUUAUUCAACGAUGUUAUGAUUUGGAUUGUAGGAUUCUUUCGGGAGAACUUUUAAUUAUGAUAGGAUGCAUAUUUUUAAAAAUAAAAAAUAUUGAAAAAUAUUUAAAGUUAUUUAAAAAAAACACAGACAAAUUUCUAGCCAAAACUAAUGAUUUAAAUUAUAAUUCAAAAACUAUUUUAAGAUAUAUUAUGAAAAUACCUUUAAAAAAUAUUAAAACAAUUAAACAAAAUAAGCAUUAUACAUUUCUUCAAAUUGCCCAAAUAUAUUCAAGCUUAAAUUUAUGCAAUGAAAGAUCAACUAAUGAAUAUGAUUCAGAUAUACAAUUUUUAAUAUUGCUAGAUCUAUGUAAUAUUAAAAUGUCUUCUAUAAAGAAUAAUUAUUUAAUACGCGAAAAUGCGAAUAUUGAACAAGACAGUAAUAAAAACGAUUAUGGUCUUAAGCAAAUAAAUGCGAAUGAUAAAGAAGAAAACAAAUUAGACAUUAUUAUGCCAGAAAGUUUUAAUGUAGAUGUAAAAGAACAUAACAAAAUGAAAUUGGAAAAAAAACUUUAUACAUUUAAUGAUUUAUUUUUAAACAGUAAUAAAAUGUUUUUGGAAAUAUUAAUAAGGCAUUGCUUGUUUCUCAUAUUUAAUAAUAAUACCAAUGAAAUGGUUGUAGAUAAAUCUAUUAAAUUUAUUUUGCUUUUUACAAAAAUAUUAAGAUAUUUGUUACAAUUAUACAAAAAUAAAAAUGCAGGAGAAGCAAAAAACAAAAUAAAUUCACAAAAUGAACGCAUAUGCUAUGAUCAUAUAAAAAGAGAUAUUCAAAUUUAUGUUCAUUUUGUUAUUAAUAUAAUAAUUCCUAAGGCAUUAAAUGCAUUAAAAAAAAAUAGUGACAAUUUUACAAAAAUUUCAUUACAAAUUAUACUUACAUUAUCAAAAAAUGUUUGCCCAUAUAUCAGUGUGCUCAAAUCGUUAAAUAUUGGAAAAUUUUUAAAAGACAUUAAAGAUUCAUAUAUAAAGAAACAUGAAUUGAAUGAAGAAACGAAUUCCUUAUUUUCCUUUGACACGCUUAGAAAAGAAAAUGAAAAAAAUAUAUAUGAAGAUAAUAAUACAACAUAUAAUUGUCAAAAAAUGAAAAAACACGAUGAAAUAAGUUUCAAAUCUGUGGAAAAGUUUUUAUUUUAUGACUUGUAUUAUUAUAUAAAUUCCAAACAACGUGAAGAUAAUGAUAAUGAUAAGAUAACAAAGCUAAAGGAUAAUGUACAAGAUAAAAGUGCCUCAAUAAUUCAAAAUAUUAUAGAUAUAAAAUCGGAAAAUAAUUUAGAAGGAAUAAAAAAAAUGAUUACUGUUGCACAUAAUUUGUGUUAUUAUACUAUUUGUAAAAUAAUAAUACCUAUAUCGUUAAAUUAUAUUUUACAAAGAAAUUCAAAAAAAGAAACUUUUAAUAAAAAUCUUAGCUUAAAUAGUAUAAAGCUAUUAGGGGUUUGUUCUGAAAAAAUUGGUAUAAAAAAUGUUUAUGAUAUACUAGAAUUGCUAUUAUUAGAGUUAAAGAACAAAUCAUUUAAUAAUCUUUAUAUCGAAAAGGCAAUCAGCCAUUUGUUGCGUGCGUAUCAUUUUAACGAAUUUAAGGAAGAUUCCUUUGUCAAUAAAAUUAAUCAGAAUAAUGACAAACAGGAAGGAGAAAAUGAAGAAGAAAAUGAAGAGGGCAAACAAAGCAGUGACAAAGAGCAAACAAAUGAUAAAAUACCAGAUGAGGAUAAAAAGGUAUACACAAAUGAAGAAAAUGAAGAUAUAUGCAAUAACAACUCAUAUGACACACAAAUAUUAAAUAAGAGUAGUGAUAAACCUGGGCAAGGAAAAAAAAAUUUAUAUUGUCAGAAAUUUAAUAACAAGAUUAUUCCACAGUUAAGAAGUUUAAUGUUCGAAAAACCGUUAUCAAAUAAUCCAAAGGACAAAAAAACAUAUAUAAACGAUUUAGUAACUGAUUAUAAAAACAAAGAUGUAUUAGCAAAGCCAAAUAUUAUUUUAUCCUUUUUAGUAAUCUUAAAUAAAAUAAAUUAUAAUUUCGAUAAAGAAUUAAAUAGAAUAAUAUACAAACUCUGCUUUUGCUUAUCCUCAGUAAAAAAUAAUAUAAGAAGUGAAUCAAAAAAAGCUUUGUGUAAUAUUUCUAUGUACCUAGGAUUGAAUUAUAUAGAUUUAAUUAUAGCUCAAAUGUCUGAUUAUUUAACCAAAGGAUAUCAUAUACCUGUUUUUUUAUGUACAGUUAAUUCUAUCUUAGAAUCAGUUUUAUAUGAAAAAGAUAAAUUUCUAGACAAGAAUUGUUUAAAAAUAAAUUUCAAUGUAAUCACCGAACUAGAUAUUAGCAAAAGAAAUCAUGCGUCUAAUUCUGGAUCGUAUGCUCACAAUAAUAAACGACGCAAAACAUCACGAAAUAAAAACUACGAAAUUGAAAAGAGAGAUACAGGAAAUUGUUAUACAAAAAACGAAAAAUUAAUAGAAGACAAUUUCUUAUAUAGUAAUAUAUGCAAAAACAUAUUUAAUAUGAUAAAAUUAGAAAUUAUAAAUGAUAUUGAGAAAAACACAGAAGAUGUUAAUAAAAAAAAAAUAAAACGAAAAACAAAGGAAAGCCAAAAAAAUUAUGGAAAUAAUAUAAUUAAAUUGUUAGCAAUUAUUAUGCCCGGGACAUGUAUAGAAAAUAAUAUUUUGACAUUUUUAGAAAGUUUAUUUAGUGGUGAAUCUUUUGAAAAUAAUGAAGUCGAUAAAAAUUUUAUUUUAAAAAAAAAAUAUAUACAUAUUGUUUCUUCCUAUUUUAAUGAUUUUAUAAAGGGUAUAGAAGAAAACAAAAAUAUAUCACCAAAGUUUAUAUUAAAUAUUAUAUAUAAAUUACUAAUAAAAUCAACAUAUUUUUUUAAAGGGGAUAUUUAUGAAAAUUUAAUCGAUGUUAUGAAAAAUACUAAUGUCCUAUAUUUUAAAUAUAAUUUAGAUAAUGAAAUAACUGGUUACAAUCAUUUUAAAAAAACUUUACAAUUUUAUUUAUCUAAACAAAAACCUCAAGAUAAAUUUUUAGGUUAUAAUUAUAAUAUGAAAUAUAUACAAUACCCUGAGAAAAAACGUAAUCUAGAUAUAAUAGAAGGAUCUUUUCAAGAAAAAAAUAUAUAUGAUUCAUUUUGCAAAACAAAAAAAUAUGAUUUCAAAGUUCACGCACAAAUAUUAGCCAAAGUAGCUUUAAAGUUAUUAUUGUUUAUAAUUAAAAAACUUUCUCGUUUCGUUACUGCACAACGAUUAAAUUUAAAUAAUCCCAUGCAAGGACAACCAAACUCCUUAAUUCAUUCCAGUAUUAAUAAUAUAAACAACAGUAAUAAUAUAGAAAAUGUAAAAAACAUUCAAAAUUAUACUAAUUUAAAUGGAGAACGAAACAGAACAAAUAAUUACAUACAAAGUUGUGAAUCCGAAGAAACAAAACUCGGACCUAGUUCUGUAGGAGAAGAAAAAGAAGACACUACUAUUAGCAUGGAAAAAAUAGAUUCAAAAAUGACAUUAGAAAAUAAUUAUGGAAUUGUUGAAUUUAUACAUCUAAUUGAGCCGUUACUUGUUUAUUGCUAUUGCUAUGGGAAAGAUGAUGUAUUUAUAAUGUCAUCAAAUUGUAUUAAACUUAUUAAAAAAAAAAAAUAUAGUAAUUUUAAUAAAUUUGGGAAAUUAAUAAUUUUGUCAUCUGUAGAUAUAUUAAAAAAUAUACCUAAUUAUUAUAGCAAAGAAUUUGAUAGGCUUAUAUUAUCAUGCAUUGAUACUCUUACAUAUAUAAUAAAAAGUAAUAAUAAUGAUGAUAUAAUUUCAUGGCUAAAUUAUGAUACAUCAAAUAGGGGAAUAUCGAAUAAUACUAAUGAAAAUAAUAGUUCAAUGAAUGAUAAUAAUAUACCUUCAAAAAAAAGAAAGAUGAAACAAGGAAAACAUAUUAUAGAAAAUGACAUGGAUGAAUAUAAAAUUAAGAGACAAAGAAAAAUUAGUUAUAUAUUAGAUGAAAAUAUUAUAUCUACAUAUUAUAAAAAUGAUUAUGAAGAAAAUUAUGAAGAAUCUAUAAACUCGUUAAGAUAUUGUUUAAUCGAUCAGAUAUCCUUAUUAUUAGAAAGUAAAAAUCAUAUUAGGGAAUUAUUAUUAUUAUUCAAAAAUUGUCUACUUAGAGAGGAUGUAAAUAACAUUAUUAAAAAAGGUAUUAUAGUAUUAAAAAUAAAUAGUUGUAUAGAUCAAAUAUUUACAAUAAUGAUUGAAGAGUCACAUGAUUUGAAAUUAUCAUUUUUGUGUGGUCAAAUAUAUAUUAACUUUUUAAUGAGUUUUCCAAUAUCAAAAGGUGAAAAGAAAAAAAAGGUUUUUGAAAUAUUAAAUAAUUUAGAUGAUGAAAAUGACGAUUCUAGAAUAGCAGUUUUAAAUAGUUUGUAUUUAUUUUUAAAUAGAAGUAAUGCAAAAUUGUUAAAGGAUGGUUUUUAUUAUAUUAUAUUUACUAGUUUGUUAGUUAAUUUUUCAAAAGAAACGAACCCUAAAUGUAAAAAAAUGUAUGUAUUUUUGCUGUCUCUACUAUUCCAGCAAAUUGACGAUAUUAAUUAUGUUUUUAAUUCUUAUAAAAUACUAAAAAACAAUUUAGCAUUCUCUAUUAAAUCGCCAACUAUAUAUACCUAUUUAUAUUUAUUACCAGUGUUUGCAUCUUUCUUUUACAAAAAUAUAUCUGAAUAUAACCGAAAAAUAUCGAUAACCAUUUUAGAGGAAAAUGAAAUUCCACCUCUCACAAAAGAGAAAAAGAAAAAUCGACAAAAACAAAUUAAGCAAGACAUGAAACAGGUUGAAGAACAAGACCAUAAUCACAUACAAGAAAAAGAUCAAAAUGAUAAUAAUGAACAAAAUAAUUUACAAAACUCACUAGUUACGGUUCGUAAUUAUUUCUUAGAGGAACUUCUAAAAUAUGCCAACAAUGACCUAAAUAGGAAUAAAAUGAGUGCAAAAGAAAAAACAGAAAGAGAAAAUAAUAACAAAAUAAAAUUGAAUAAUGCCAAUUCUGGAGUGUUUUUCAAGCAAAAUUGUAAUAUCGUUUUCAUGAAAAAUCAAUUAGAAGAUUUAUUCCUAUCAUUAAUGUUUUAUUUAAUUGAACAGACAUACCCAAAUAUGAAAUUGUAUAUGAAAGAAGACAAAAAUUGCAUUAAUAUAUUAACAUCUAAUGAAAAUAUAACUUAUUUUUCUAGAAAACAUUAUCUAUAUAAAGAAAAUGUUAAUAAAGAUAUAGUCCAUCUUUUUUAUAGCACAUUAGAACAAAUAUUUACAUACAUUGAUACUAAUUUGAUAGAAAAAUUGUUAAAUAAAAAAUAUUUACAUGAAAAAUAUCAAGGAUAUUUUAUAAAUAAUGAGAGAAAUAAUUUUACAAAUAUGAAUGAAAUUGACAAUAAUGAAAAAAAUAAUUUCCAUUUCGAUAAAGAUCAAACUCAUGAUAAAUUAAUUAUAUACUUUUUAUACUUUUGGAACUUAUUAUUUGAAAAUGCAUUAUAUAAUAAAAAUCCAUUUAUACAAAUUAUAUCAUUAAAAAUUGUGAUGAAUUAUAUAAAUAAAAAAAUGUCUUACCCAUUUUUCCCAUUAUUAUUAGUUAAAUUAUAUUCUACUGAUAAAUUUAUCAUCAAUAUUAUUAUUAAAAGAGUUUUGUCCCUAGUUUUAAACUCAUAUUUUUUAGAGCAUUUUUAUACAUAUCAUAAAGAAAUAAGCGUGCUUCUUUUAAACAUAUGUAAAUUAGUAGUUUUAUUCCCAUGGAUUACCAAUGGAUUUGAAGAACAAAACAACCAAAAUGAUGCAUUAAACCAGGGUACAAACACUAUUGAUACAAUAAACCGAGAUAAUUUAUUUAAGACUUGUAAAAAAAAUCACGAAAAUGAUUUGGAACAAAAUAAUAUUCACAAAAAUAACGUUAAUCAAUAUGAUCAUCCAAACAAAAAUAGCAAUAACCAUUUUAAAAAAAGUAACAGUGACGAUGAUGAUGAUAAUAAAAGCAAUGAAGAUGAAGUUGAUGAUGAAGAAUUUAAAGAGAUAAAUGGAAUUUUGCAGAAUGAAAAUUAUAUAAAAGUUCAUUCUUUUAGCCAACAUAAUUACCAAAACAAAGAUGAAAGAAAUGAAAUCAAAGACGAAAUUAAAAUAAACAAAGAAAUAUUAUCAUAUAGCAAAUUCUUUUUGAUUAUUAUCACUUUAUCACGCGCUAUAAGUUUGCAUUUGAUAAAUAAUAAAAAAUCCUUUACAAGAAUAUUAACCAUACUGAACGUUUAUAAAAACAUUAUUCAAGAUUUUCCCAUCGAUUUAUGGAACCCUGAUAAUGGAAUAAUUCACAAUGUUAUUACACCCUUAUACAAAUUGGCUUCUCUUCGUAAAAAAAAACACUUCACAGAAGAUAGUACUAUCUUCGAGGAAACAAGUUCAGACAAAAAACUCACUUAUUUAUCAAAUUUUUCUUGGGAUAUUAUUUCAUUAUUGGAGGAGAAACUACAAGACAAAAAACAUAUUUUCAACAAAGCCUUUAUCCAAGCCAGACAUAGUGUCAAUAGAAUCAGAUUUAUGAAGAAAAGAAGAAAGAACAUUUUAGCUGUCAAAAAUCCAAAGUUAUAUACGUCAAUUUUAUUAAAUAGAAGAGAAAAAAAAAAAGAAAAAAAAAAAAGCCAAAUUAAAAUUUUAAGUUAA